CUGCGAUCCUGCGCUCCCACACCGGCUCCACUCCUCUUUCCUCCCACUGAUCGUCCCUCUCGGUGUUUCAGCGGAGGGGCUGCACGCGCGAUUGCGCUAUUGAUACCCACUUUACACUGUGUUUGUGGAAAGUCAGCCUCUCUCUCUCUCUCUCUCUCUCUCUCUCUCUCUCUCUCUCUCUCUCUCCCUCGCCCUCUCUGUCCUCCUCUGUGGCUGCGCUUUGGUAACCUAACGGGGAGGUGUUAACUACUUUUGCUUCCACAAAGCGCCUCCCGUUAUCUCCGGUGCUGCUGCGCAAGAGCCAGAAGGGCCAGUGCUACUGAUAUUCCCACUCCGCACAAAAAGUUUUCCGUUUGUUGUGAGGAUAAAAAAAAAGAAGCCGGAAACCGAGGAGUCGUCUGCAGAAGAAGCGGAUUGUACCACGGCGAGGGAGUUUCUCCUUUGAUGUUGGCUGGUAGUCAACUCAGCUUUGAAGCUCGUCUAGAGCGGGCCGAGCCACCACUUGAUACUGUUUUGGCGACCACAUGAAGAUGAGGAACCAGCUUUGACGACCUACGGAUGUCCAGCCUCCCCGGACCAUUUGGCUUCAGCAACACAUCCAAAAACUCUCCAAGAGGGAGGCCUUUACUGCUUAUAACCCUGGAGGAAAAACAUCAUCUUGAGCAUUUAUUGUAUUUAUCAUUAGGACUGCAGUAGUGUAAACUGUAAAGUCUGUGAAGGACUGAACAUACCCACCAGCACUUACCUGGCACGGAAUGAUCUGGACUGAACUCAGUUCAAGUGAAUUUGUCUGGAAACAGAUUAACUCACUUUAGUUCUACUGAAGAGAAAUGAACUGAAUAGAAGCUAACCUGAACUGAUGUUGGCUGAUUCUCUUUAAGUUCUUCAAAAAUACUCUUUCUUCAAACAGCUCUUUUCUGAGCCCCCCCCCCCCUUCAGAAAACCAAAUCCUUCAAGACUCCAACCCAGAUUCCCUCACUUCCUCAGACCCUUUCCAAGGGUCUUGGACAUUGUCUCAAUUCUUAUUGAGGAGGAAUCAUCUCCUCCUCCUCAUAAAAUACUUACGACCUCUUUUGUCUGUCCAAACAUGGACCUCCACAGGGCAGCCUUCAAGAUGGAGAGUUCCUCCUAUCUGCCCAAUCCCUUGGCCUCCCCAGCCCUCAUGGUCCUGGCCUCUACUGCUGAAGCCUCUCGGGAUGCCUCAAUUCCCUGCCAGCAGCCACGUCCAUUCGGUGUCCCGGUUUCUGUUGAGAAAGACGUCCAUUUGCCAUUUAACAAUGGUUCUUACACUUUUGCAUCAAUGUACCACCGCCAAGGUGGUGUCCCACCAGGAUUCCCCAACAGGGAUUUUCCUCCAUCCCUCCUCCACCUCCAUCAUCAGUUUGCCCCACCUAACCUGGACUGCUCGCCAAUCAGCAUGCUGAAUCACAGUGGCGUCGGAGCCUUCAGGCCUUUCGCCUCACCUCCAGAAGAUCGGGACGGGGCGCCAGGCGGGUAUCAGUCUGCUUUCACCCCAGCCAAGCGCCUCAAAGGCUGUCUGGAUCCAGAUGCUUCACCCCACCUGCGCUACUCUGAUGCAGAGGGGAAAGAGUACGACUUUGGCGGCUCCCAGAUCCCUCCUGGAGGCUCACCCAGCAGCGCCUUGAAAGCAGUGGAGGACAGUGGGAAGAAGAUCUUCGCUGUAUCAGGCCUCCUGUCUGAUCGAGAGACUUCCUCCAGCCCUGAGGACCGCAUUGAGCGCUGGCUGAGUCAGGGCAUCUAUUUCAAACUUGCUGAUGUCCCUCUUUGCCCACUGACACGGCAUGUUCCUGUCGUGAUGAGGCCCUUUGGAAUGGAAAUGAGUGCCGACAGGCCUCACGCCCACACCUCUCUGUCAGGUAUCCUUCCUCCUUCUCCUCUUCCUCCUCUGCAGCUGAGGAAGGAGAAAUGGAACAGAGAAAGUCAGCAGAGAGACGAGAGGAGGGAGGGCAUAGGUAAAAAGAAGAUGUCCCUGUAUGACAGCCAGGCUCCAAUCUGCCCCAUCUGCCAGGUGCUGCUCAGGCCCGGAGAGCUCCAGGAACACAUGGAGACGGAGAUAGAGAGGCUAGCUACCAUAUGUCUCAGUAAGAACCCCUCACCCAAGGAUGGAGCAGCCACUCCUGGAACCCCCAAGUCAAUGCUGUUGUCGGUGCACAUCAAGCGUGAGGGAGAGUCUCCUGUGGUCUCGCCCCUGUCCUCUGAAGACAUCCACCACUCCGACAGAUACCAGACAUUUUUACGAGUUCGAGCAAACAGGCAAACAAGAUUGAAUGCCCGUAUAGGCAAGAUGAAGAGGAGGAAGCCUGAGGAGGGGGGCCAGGUAUGUCCGCUGUGCAGUGCCCCAUUGGCUGGGAGCGAGGAGGAGAUGAGUAGACAUGUGGAACAAUGCCUGAUCCAGCGUGAGGGCGCGUUAGGCGAUGAUGAUUCUGCAGACAUGGAUGGAGAGAAUGGGCGGGGCUUUGAAGAGUACGAGUGGGCGGGGCAGAAGAGGAUCAGAGCUACAGCUUUGCUCGAGGGAGGCUUCAGAGGAACAGGUUUUGCCACGUGUAGCAUCAAGGAGAGCGCGGCAGACAGCGACGCUGACCUAGACGUGGAUGGAGACGACACCUUGGAGUACGGCAAGGCCCAGUACACUGAGGCCGAUAUCAUCCCCUGCUCCGGAGCUGGAGAGGACCAAGGAGAGGCCAGGGAGAGGGAGGCGCUACGGGGAGCCGUGCUCAACGGUGGGAUGCCUUCCAACAGAAUAACGCCUGAAUUCUCCAAAUGGGUCAAUGAUGAGAUGCCUUCGACGAGCAACGGAGAAAGCAGCAAGACAGACCCCAGCACUCCUUCAUCCUCCUCCUCUUCCUCCUGCGCACCGCGCACCUGUAAAAACAGUGAGAUCGAAAAAGUAACGGAGGAGGAGUCCACGGCUACCACCAUGGAGGCUCUGAAGGCUCGAAUCAGAGAGCUGGAGAGGCAGAUACUGAGAGGAGACCGAUACAAGUGUCUCAUCUGCAUGAGGAAGCCUGCUAUCCAGUCAGGCGCGGAGAUCAAGAGCCUAGGGGCGUGGCCAGGGCCCCGGCCACUGGCCAAUGAGGUCGGAGAGAGGCAGCCUAAGUCCCUCCCCCUCGGCCUGUACUGCCUGUACAGGGGCCUUGUGAUUGGUGGCUACGGCAGCGGCAUAAAGAGGCUCCUCCCACAGCCCCUACGGAGGGACUCCUACACGAUGCCGCUCACCUCCAUCCAGUGCUGGCACGUCCAUUGUGAAGAAUGCUGGCUCAGGACUCUGGGGAACAAGAAGCUGUGCCCGCAGUGCAACACCAUCACCUCACCCGGAGACCUGAGGCGUGUCUACUUGUAAAGAGCACACACACCCCCUCCCGCCCCGCCUUUUCGUCCUUUCCAAUCCAUUCCUCCUCUCGUCUUGGAUCUCAUCACCCUCUCUGUCGAUCGUCAUUUGUUUUCCCUCUCUCGUGGCCUGGGUCUGCAGCUCCAGACCCUCCAAGAGCAUACAGAGACAAGACGGCUGUCUUUUGAGACUCCACUGGCUCUUUCGGGAGGUUCAAACUGGAUGCAACUGAAAGACUGAGCGGCACUGACUGACUCUCUGGCCCGCCGCCUGGCCACCCAUUAAAAAAACAAAACAUGGAGACCUGCGAUCCUGCUGGUCAACAGGCUUGUUUCCUCUGCCUCAGUGACGCAACGCCCUGUACAUGUAACAUAAGGGUGUCCACUGAAGGACUUGUAGUCAGUGGAGACCCCCCCGACACCCAGCUACGCCCUGCUGAGACCUGGUAGCUUCAUGCAGCUGGAGCUGAAAGGAACUUCUUAAUACAGAAUAUAAAGACUUCUUUUUUUCCCCUCUAGCUCUUCUUUGACAUUUGGGUGGUGCUGGACAAGGGGCUCUACCCUGAAGACUCAACAGAAAGCUUCUUUUUGUUCCCAGAGAGAAAACUCUUAUCGACAUGCCCCUGUUGCUUAUGAGAAUUGAAAAAAAAGGGGCCUGUCCACUAAAACUGAGCUUUCAACCAAACUGAGAAUAACCUCACAACCUUGAAAAGGAGUUUGACACUCCUCCUCCUCCUCCUCCACCACCUCUUCUUCUCGCGAGCCCUUCCCUCCCCUUCUUCCCUCUUUCGUGGUGUUCUAGUGAAGUAAACCAAAAGUUUCCCCCCCUCCAAGAUGCAGUGCAAGCACAUGUAAUAUAGUUCUAUGUAUGUUUACAAUGUUGGGUGUAAAUGACAUAGAGUACACACACACACACAAACACACACACACGCACAUACACACAGAUGCAAACACAUGCACACACGGUACCAUCAGCAGACACACACAGAAGUAUAUAAUAUCAAAGUCCUGUUUUUAGUUGGAAGGGUUUGGGAAUGAUGUUUGGGGAAAAAAAUGGCUGGAAUAAAAGAAGCCUUCUGUAUUUUUAAAAAAAGAUCAUUUGAAGAUCCGUUGAAGUUUUAUUUCACUGUACAGGAAUAAAAAAUUUAAGUAAUAAUAAACUACUCAAGACUAGAUGGUCAAGAUUUAGGUGGUGUAAGUUUUCUGCAGAGUACCCUGAAAAUUUUUUUUUUUUAGUUUUAACGAAUGGUGAGAUUCCUAUAAUGCAAACAAGCAGAAAGAUGGAUCUGCUCUUAAGUUGCAACACUGUCCAACUGAGCCUCUUCUUUUAACCUCCAUUUCUGCUUCCUCUCAUUCGGAGUAACAUCACGCUCAAAUCAUAGUCUAGAAACAUUGUUUUACCCCUACAUGUCUCAAAAGAAAGCUUUUUCCAUUGUUCCAUCAUAUUGCUAUGCUGCAAAACAAGGUCCCAAAAUGGCAACCCCGAAGGGCAGGUUCUUUCUAGCUAUAACGGAUGAAGCAAAGUCUCUGGAAAGGAAGGAUGGCCAUGGCUGAACUGGCAACCUCCAGAACCCGCAGCAUUUCCCCCCCUCUCCCUUUACGGCAGCAGCAGCAGCAGCAACCAAGGUGGUGGUGUGCUUUGUGUUUGUAAAACUAUGUAUUCUGUGAUGUCUGUAUUGUUGUAAGAAAUGCUGAAAAAAAAAGAAAAAAUAAAACUUCUCAAAUACCA